GUAUCGCGGAGGGUGCUUACCGGGCUUAGCACCCAAAGCCCCCCGCCCGGUAGAGUCGUCAGCCGAGCCGAUACCGUCGUCAGUCUCGUCAAUCUGGUCGAACAGGACCGGGACAUCUUCUCCCCAAAGCCGUACUGGAAGGAGUUCAGAUUUGACCUGACCCAGGUGCCCACGGGCGAGUCGGUGACAGCCGCCGAGUUUCGCAUCUACAAGGCGCGGGGUGUCACCCGCCACGCCAACAACACCCUCCAUGUCAGCAUCUACGAGAUUGCUGCCGAGCACUCCAACAGGGAGUCUGACCUUUUCCUGCUGGAUGUCCAGGACCUGCGUGCCGGGACCGAAGGCUGGCUGGUGUUUGACGUCACGGCCGCCAGCAACCACUGGUUAGUGGAUCAGAAAUACAACCUGGGGCUGCGACUCUACGUAGAGACAGAUGAUGGGCACAGCGUCGACCCGGGCUCGGCAGGUCUGCUGGGGCGCCGGGGUCCCCGCUCCAAGCAGCCCUUCAUGGUGACAUUUUUCCGGGCGAGUCCCAGCCCCGCGCGUGUAACACGGGCGGCCAAGCCCCCGAGGAGGCGGCAGCCCAAGAAGACGAACGACCUCCCGCAUCCAAACAAGCUGCCGGGAAUUUUUGACGAUGUCCAUGCCACGGACGGGCGGCAGGUCUGCCGGCGCCACGAGCUCUAUGUCAGCUUUCAGGACCUUGGUUGGCUGGACUGGGUGAUCGCCCCACAGGGGUACUCAGCCUACUACUGCGAGGGGGAAUGUGCCUUCCCCCUGGACUCCUGCAUGAAUGCCACCAACCACGCCAUCCUGCAGUCCUUGGUCCACCUGAUGAAGCCCGAAGCCGUCCCCAAGGCGUGCUGUGCCCCCACGAAGCUCAGUGCCACCUCCGUCCUCUACUACGACAGCAACAACAACGUCAUCCUCAAGAAACACCGCAACAUGGUGGUGAAAUCCUGCGGCUGCCACUGA